AUGCACGGCAUUACUAAGCAUUAUAUCCAGUUUCGUCCAAUAAAAUGUUGGCAGCCGGAAGAGGUAGCUAACACAUUUCCACGUUAUGCUUAUCAGCUAUGCAUGUGACCGUAAGCAUUAACGACCUCAACUAGGUCUAAACAAGUUCCCUAUCGUUUCUUAAAUCAUGCCCUCUAGAUGGUUGACUAUUAGAAACUGACACGCGACAGCAUUAAUCAUGCUCUCUGGAUGGUUCACUAUUAGAAACCGACACACGACACCAUUAAUCAUGCUCUCUGGAUGGUUGACUAUUAGAAACUUACACACGACAGCAUUAAUCAUGCCCUCUGGAUGGUUGACUAUUAGAAACUUACACACGACAGCAUUAAUCAUGCCCUCUGGAUGGUUGCCUAUUAGAAACUGACACACGACAGCAUUAAUCACGCCGAUUUCUGAUGGUCUUCUCACCAAGGUUGUUGUAACCAUUAAUUCGUUCACCAACUGUAAUGGAUCCUUGAGGACGUUGAUUACAGGAGUUGUUAUUUCGCCGCUGCUAAGUAUGAAAGGAUAGUGCGAACGUUUAUCCAGAGUGGUCAGGUUUUUGCAUGUAAAAUACAUACGUCCACUAACGUUAGGUCUUCAAUUCGCAUCUCUCCACUCAUGUCGAGGAUGCAUCUCUGUGAGAGUCCGAAAUACUUCAUCUAGCUAAAGACACGUAGCAAAAUCGAUACGGAAUGCGUGUACGUAAAACAUAUUUUUUCCUGGACUCGUACAGGUUUUCUUCAUCAUCCUCGUCAAUAAUUCUCUUUAUUUACUUCGAAGGACAGUUUUUGCGAGAGCCUUGAAGUUUCCGUCCAGCUUUCGACACGCGAUCAGAAACCCAAUACCCACCUCUAAUCGGACAGAUGUCGAGUUCAAGCAGAUGUAGCUGCCUGCGUUCCAAUAAAUGAGAAGAUGAAAGGUUUCGUAAGAUUAAGAAAUGUAGACUUUAGAACAAACGGGAAGUCCAACAACGAAUCAAGUCAAUUCCAGCAGCCAACUGUCCGUUGAAUUUGUGGGAUUAUGACGAAAGCAACUCUCGGUAUGGGUAUCCCUCGCUUCCGUUAGAACCAACUCUAUGAGAGCACCUGCGUUUCUAACAUUCAAGCACGCACUGGCCAGCAGCGUUGCCCCUUCAUUCCUUUAAUCCUCCGCUCUUAGCUGGCUUAGUAUCAGCCUCAUUAAGGCUUCAAACUCUCAUGUCAAAGCUGCACUCCUACUCAUCUUCCAUUUGCUCUUCUUUACACUAGUUUCUGGCCAAACCCCUAGCCCAGAACCGGUGCCUGCUCCUCCUCCGCCAGCCUUUCCGAUUCUGAGAUGUGUUAUUAACAUAAUAUCCCUAGCCAUUUGCACUCCGGUGCUCACCAUCCUGAAAUUCCUCGGUCUCGGGAAUCCUAACGGGCUCUGCUGUACUAUCAUCAAGACCCUGUCAGCGAACCAGGCUGCUUCAUGCCUUUGCAUUGCGAUCAAGGCAAACAUCCUGGGUAUCAACAUCAGCAUCCCAGGCGAUAUCAAGCUUCUGCUGAAUCUCUGUGGGCUGACCCUGCCGAUUGGGUUCGCUUGUCCUUAG